AUGGCAGUGCAGGCUCUCUGCCAGCAGUUUUCUGUGCAGAAGGCUUCCGACAAUGAGCAGAUCCAGUGUCUCUCCCAACAGCUUUCCCAGCAGAAGGCUGCCAGCGAGAACCGGAUCAAGCAUCUCUUCGAGCAGCUUUCCUUGCAGAAGGCUGCCGACAAGGAGCAGAUUGAGCGUCUCUCCCAACAGCUUUCCCAGCAGAAGGCUGCCAGUGAGAACCGGAUCAAGCAUCUCUUCGAGCAGCUUUCCUUGCAGAGGGUUUCCGACAGGGAGCAGAUUGAGCAUCUCUCCCAACAGCUUUCCCAGCAGAUGGCUGCCAACGAGAACCAGAGCAAGCGUCACCAGGAACAGAUUACGUAUCUCUGGCAACAGAUCGGCGAGCUUCAGCAAGAUCACCAUGCUGCACAGGAAGUAUCCAAGGCACUUCUGUUGUCGAGGCUUCCGGAGUUUGUCACAGCUGUUUCUCGCAGCUCCCCGACGGUGAGACGUGUCGUCCUGCCAUUGCACAAUUUCCUCAGCGUUCUUUUCCUGGAAUCAAUGGCAAGUCACCGGCAGCACCUGCAUUCAGGUAGGUUUUGCGACCCGCCGAAAGUUGAGAUCACCAGAAUUUGUGAGAGCAUCAACCCAAACAUACAAGAGCAGUAUCUUCACGCACGAAAGCUUCUCGUGCAAAGAAGACCUGAUGGUUGCACACCUCUCCGAGGAAUCACAGCUUUCAAGUGCGCAGUGGAAUGUGGACAUGUGAACCUGAAUGAGUAUUUGCUGUUCCACGGCUGUCCAAUGGGUGCCGUCCAGAGCAUCCUCGAGAACGGAUUGGACCCCCAACGUGGAGGAGAAGCCGCUGGAAGCAUGUUCGGGAAAGGAGCUUACUUUGCAGAGACUGCUUCGAAGUCGGAUCUUUAUACGACUUGUUCAGAGUGCAGAUCAUACAGAGAAUGCAAGCAUCCCCGAGCAGAGCGAUGCAUUUUGGUUGUACGUGUCCUCUUGGGGAAGACGAAGAUCGUGACAACAGAAGAUUGCACUUCCUUGAACCGGGCGCCGGAGGGCUACGAUACUGUCACUGCCCAGAAAACGUCGAACGGUGGCCGCUUGGACCACACGGAGUUUGUGGUGUACAAAGAGCAAAUGACACUGGCCCAGAUACUGGGUGCAUGGGCGAGCUCAGUGCUUCGGGUUCAAGAGCCUCCCGAGCACUCAGCACUGAAUGCAGAAGGGCGCGUCAUCGCCGGCAUGUCAGCGGCGUGCGGAUUGAUGGAAGUCCUAUUCGCUUUCUUCAUCUGCCAACUUGCAGCUGUCGAGGCCUACCUCAUCUUCACGGUGUGGUCCCUGUGUGAGGACAUGAAGGUGAGCAUGAAGGGCCAGUUGCCGCAGCUCUUGGUGCACAAGCAAUCCCGCGAGCCGGUGGGCGACCCAGCAUCGGCCCUCUUCGGCGGCCAAAAUCGGGGUCUCGGAUAUGGCGCUUUCUGA